AUGGUGGAGCAGGAGUGUAAGGAUAGUUGGAUAUGGUUUCUGGAGUUGUUGGCUAAUGACUUGGACAUUAGGAGUGAUGGAGCUGGGUGGACGUUUAUAUCUGAUAAACAAAAGGGCCUUUUACCAGCAUUUGAGGUGGUUUUGCCAAGUGCGGAGCACAGGUUCUGUGUAAGACAUUUAUGGACGAAUUUCAACAAGAAGUUUCCAGGGAAAGCUUUGAAGGACCAAUUAUGGGCCAUCGCAAAGUCAACCACAAUGGCUUACUUUAUUGCGGAGAUGGUCCUAAUGAACCAAAUGGAGCCAGGGGCUUAUAACUAUCUCACAGAACCUGAAAGACCUGCAAAGCACUGGUCUAGGUCACAUUUCAACACAGUGCUUAAAUGUGACAUUCUACUCAACAAUCUCAGUGAAAGCUUCAAUGCCUUCAUACUGCCCGCAAGAGUCAAACCUGUAAUCAGCAUGUUUGAGGAAAUGAGGAUCAAGUUGAUGAAGAGGAUUCACAUUAGGAGGGACAAGAUUAUGAAGGUUCAGGAUACCAUCUGCCCCAAACCAAGAGAAAUACUGGAGAAGAACAAAGUGAAAGCUGCCACAGACUGCAUCCCAUUUGGUUCAGGAAGCUCAAAAAUCGAAGUGGAAAGCAUUGGAGGAGCAAGAUAUAUAGUUGAUAUUGAGAGAAGGAGUUGUGCUUGUAGGAGAUGGGAUUUGAGUGGGAUCCCUUGCAAACAUGCUAUAUCUGCCAUCCACUACAUGAGGGAAAAACCUGAGGAUUAUGUUGAUACAGCCUACUGGACAAAGACAUACUUGGCCAUCUACUCAAACACCAUCAGCCCUGUAAAUGGAAUCGAUCUUUGGGAAAGGACUGAUGAUGCUGCAAUUUUUCCUCCUCAGUACAACAGACAGCCUGGUAGGCCAAAAACCAAGAGAAUUAAGGAUUCACAAGAGAAAGCUACUGAGGGAACCAAGCUGGGAAGAGUGCAGAAAUCAUUGAAGUGCAGCAGCUGUGGGGUUUUGGGGCACAAUGUGAAGACCUGCCACAGCUUAGAUUACUAUUUCAUCGAGUCAAAUGCUAAUUGUAUUUUAAUCUUGAAUGUUUUUGGCUGA